GCCGAUGGGCGGACUGGCGGCUCGCCGAGAGAGCAGUCGCAGCGGUAGAGCGCAGCUCCAAAAUUAGUAAAUAAAGAUGGUGCCUCUCGGACGGAGGCCCGCUCCGUGUCCUCGAUCGUAAAAUGUCGCGCAAAUCGAGGCGGAAGACAGGCUCGCGGCCCUCCGCCGCGCCGAGUGCCCAGGCCUAGGAUACCCGGCAGCAGCUGUGCGCCACAGGCCGACGAGUCUCCUGGACGACGACACCGCGCGAGCACACGGUGACAAAAAUUAGUCAAGAUGGUCGUCGGCGAAGCGAGCAUCCAUAACAUUAUGGGUGGCAUGGAGAGCACCGGCGGCGUGCGUCUCCACAACCACAAGCGAAAACUGAAACAAAGGUUCGAUAUAAUCAAAAAGCUGGGCCAAGGCACCUACGGAAAAGUACAACUGGGCAUCAACAAGGAAACGGGUCAGGAGGUCGCCAUCAAGACGAUCAAGAAGUGCAAGAUCGAGACGGAGGCGGACCUCAUCAGGAUACGCAGGGAGAUCCAGAUCAUGUCGAGCGUCCAGCACCCGAACAUCAUCCACAUUUACGAAGUGUUCGAGAACAGGGAGAAGAUGGUGCUGGUGAUGGAGUACGCGGCGGGCGGCGAGCUCUACGACUACCUGAGCGAGCGCAAGGUGCUGAGCGAGCAGGAGGCCCGGCGCAUCUUCCGGCAGAUCUCGACCGCCGUGUUCUACUGCCACAAGCACAAGAUCUGCCACCGGGACCUCAAGCUCGAGAACAUCCUGCUCGACCAGAACGGCAACGCCAAGAUCGCCGACUUCGGCCUCUCCAACGUCUUCGACGAGCAGCGCCUGCUCUCGACCUUCUGCGGCAGCCCGCUCUACGCCAGCCCCGAGAUAGUCAAGGGCCGGCCCUACCACGGGCCCGAGGUCGACUGCUGGAGCCUAGGCGUCCUCCUCUACACCCUCGUCUACGGCGCCAUGCCCUUCGACGGCUCCCACUUCAACCGGCUGGUCAAGCAGAUCUCCCAGUCCGACUACUUCGAGCCCAAGAAGCCCUCGCCCGCGUCCCCGCUGAUAAAGGACAUGCUGACGGUCUGCCCCUCGAGGCGCGCCGACAUCGAGAAGAUCUGCGCGCACUGGUGGGUCAACGAGGGCUACGAGCAGAGCUGCCUCGACAUAGCCGAGGACCUCGCGGCCCAGACGCCGGUCCGGCUGGACCUGCUGCUCUCGCUGGUGCCUCAGUCCGCGAGCGCCGAGCAGCUCGUCGUCGGCGGCGACCAGGCGGCCGCGCAGCAGCCGGCCGGCAUCGCCAACAGCGUGUCCAGCGAGACCCUCGUGCCCACCAGGUGCCACUCGGUCGGCAGCCUCAUGGAGCUCGACCAGAACAACUCGGACAGGCGGAUCAGGGAGAUGGUGCAGGAGGAGGAGCCCGCGGCCACCGCCGGACAGGACGCCGGCAAGCGGAAGCUCGAGACCACCCCGUCGGCGGAGGAGACGAGCGCCGCCGGGCUCAAGCGGAAGGAGCGCACCGGGAGAAAAGACGGAACCGACGACCGGGACCCCAGGGCCUAUAGAUCCGCCUCCAAGCACCACUCGGCACCGAUCCCAAACUCGAUAAUAGAAGAAGCGAUGGAGGUGGACCCGGUAGCUGUGCCCGCAGCAGUUCCUACAAGCGAGACCGUCGAAAUGAACAACGUAGAAGAGGCCGCCUCUUGCCUGGAAGUGAAGCAAGAGCAGCGCGAGCAAAAAUCGCCCAGCAAAGAGCGCAGCAAAACUCCUGUGAUUGAAAACUUAGCCGAGGACAUCGACAUGACGAGCGCCAAGGAUCAGAGCGUCGAGGAGAGUCAGAACCGGAUCGGCGCUCCCGCAUCCUCGGUGAAGUCGGCGGGGCCGGAGUUGGCGCAGCCGCAAGAACCGCCAGCGCCAGCUUCGCCCGAAAAAGUCUCUCCGUCAACGUCCGCUGAAGUGGAAGAGAACAAGGACCUGCCCAAAUCCGACGUGCCAAAAGAGAAGAGCCCAGCAAAGACUGGCGAAGCCAUUAGCAAUAAAGUUCCUGUACAGAAAGAGAGCAGCAAAUCUGCUGCGGAAGCGGCGGCUAAGCAACAGCCCAAAGAAAAGAAAACAAAGAACAAAGCUCUCUCACUUGACUGCGACCUGUUGCCGGAUGAGUCGGCGCCAAAGCCCUCGACCGAGCGUCGAAGAUCGAAGAUCUUCGAGACUGCGGAGAAGUUCAAUCAGUUGGCCUCGCCGGUUGAGCCGGACAAGCCUAAGAAAAUAUUCAUCCCCGGCGUGAACGUCGGAGGCGCGAAGGCCGCCUUCGAGAGGAAGGCCAGCCUGACGUCUGCAACCAUACCUCAGACUGUCAAAGCUCCAGUCUCCAAGGUCAUCAUUGAUGUGCCGAGCGUGGAGAAAAAGCCCGAGAACGACAAAUCCGCAGAGCUCGAUGCCAAGGAGAAGGAGAGGAAACGCGAGGAGGAGAAGAGAAGAGCCGUGGAAGUCAUAACUGGCGCCCUCGGAAAACCACCCAUGCAGAGGAAGGCCAGUGUUGGUUCUCCGCCCAUCUCGCCUCAGAGCAACGAUCCUAAGAAGCUUGGCCUGAAGAUACCGGUCGGCCCAAAUGACGUGAGAAACGCGACCGUCACAGUUUCCACGCCUACCGAAACCAAAUUCCCAUUCGAGUCGGAAGCCAGAAAUCCAGAACUUCUUGCCAAAGCUGUGCCAGUGAGCCCAGAUGUUUCGUCGGGCAAUGACGCGUUCACCUCCAUGCCAGAAGAACCAAAGAAGUGCAGCAAGAUGGAGAUAACGCUGAAAAGCGCAACGCUGCCGCGACCGCGCAAGACAAGUAAGGCCGAGAUAACUCUGUCCGGUGUGCGGCCUGUGGACACGGCUUUCCGUUCGGAGGUUGAGGCUAAGAUCGACGCGUUCCAACCCCAGAAGCUGCGCACUCAGCGAUCGGAGGUGGCCUUUCCCGUGGCUGCCGCUGUACCUCAAUCGCAUCGCAGCUCUAGUCUCGAGCCCGAGGGCCAGGGAGCCAACAACCAUAAUUCAUUCAAGGAGCGAAUCAUACCCAUCCAGGUGGAGCCGAUCGCGCAGCAAGCGACCGUACACUCGACGACGCCACCUCCUAAACCACCUAUGCCUCAGCGCUCGUUGUCGCAACGCUCGAACUCACUGUCGCGGCAAUCGACCGCUGAUUCCGAUACGGACAGCGCGCUGGGAUCAAUUGCGGGCCCGGAACCUAUAAGAAAGAGCCCGAGGGAAUACAUCAUACCUAUUGCCGUCGAAGGUGGUGGCUACGUAACGCCUAGGUCCGGCAGUGUCGAACCCGAAAGUAAGAAUAGCACGCCCACGAGCACUAAUCCACCGAGAUCAAGAUUCGGUCGACCCAGUAGAAUGGGAUCGCUACUGUCAGACGCCAGUGAAGACGAGUCGCCGUUCCCUUCGCUGCACAGAGACAACGAUGACUUGCUGCAGAGGCACAUGCACCGUUUGAGGAGUUCGCGACCAUCGCGACAGGCACCCGAACACGCAGACAGUUUAUCAUCUGGCGAAGAAGACGAUGACGAUGGUUUUGAACUAUUGACGGCCGAGAACUUAUUUUCCACACUUUUAUCGCGAGUGAGAAGCCUCACUCAAAGGCUUAACGUUGGCGACAAUACAAGCACUGGCUUCCCAAAUACAAGGUUACUUGGUAGACUGGGCUCAAACUCACCCCAAGGAUUCUGGGGCAUUCACGAACCUCUGUCCAGCUACGAGAGCUACUUUGAAAGUCAAACGGUGACAACACGGAUCCCUGACUCGCAAUUCAGACGCUCGAUGAGCCGCGAUAACAGCGAUCGCUUUAGCCGCAAGGAGACGAGCGGACCCAACAGUCCAGGAUCUCAGCAAAAUAGCCCAGGAGCACGCACACCCUCUCGUGACAGUUUAUUCGAAAUGGGAAACAAUACCUUGCCAAGAGCCAAGAGCAGCAGCCAUCAGCACCUCCUCCGUCACCAGCCGCAAACGCAGCCGCAACAGCAGCAGCAGCAGGCAUCCCGGUCGCAGUCGCCCUCGGUCGGCACCGGCAGCAACGGCCUGCUGCAGCCCGAGCCGCGCAAGGAGCCGGAGAGCCUGGAGCAGAACCUGACGCCGUGCCUGGCUCGCCGACUCAGCCGGCAGUUCAUCGAGAAGACGCGCCAGUCGCUGCCGCGCUCGCCGUCCCUGCCGCGCGAGCGCAGCUUCCGCGAGCCCUCGGCCGGCGGACUGCAGCAGGAGCAGAGCCAGGGCCACAGCAGCCUCGAGCGCUUCCGCAGCCGGUCGCACGACCGCGGCUACCACAGCAUGCGCCGCGCCAACAGCCUGCUCGAGCCCUCGGUCUCCGGCCCCGAGGUCGACAGCAGGCGCUCGCCCAGGCGCAGCAUCAGCCUCUUCGACGAUGAGGACCGCUACCUGCCGCCGCUCGGGCCGGCGCGCCAGCCGCUCAUCGCCAGCCUCGGGCGCAAGUACCGGGACUCGGGCAAGCUCAGCACGACGCCCAUCGCCGUCGAGAAGAUCCAGGAGGAGCAGCCCGAGGAGCUGGGCCCGAGCGGGCUCGCGAUCCCCCGCAUCCGCGCCGACGACUGCGAGAGCAACAGCCUCGCGACCGACAACAACUCGCUCUCCGAGUGCCUCGAGCGCACCUCCAGCCGCUCGGCCAUCUCGGGCGAGACCUCGCCCACCGAGUCCACCAGCAACAUCCUCGACUACAGCUCGUCCUACAAGAACCUCGCGAGUAGCUCGGCCAGCAGCAGCCGCGAGCUGCAGAAUCGGCUGCUCGCCGCCGAGAACCUCAUCAAGGAGUCCACGCUGAAGAACCUCGGCCCCUCCCGGUACAGCGCCAACCUCAGCUCCAACUACAAGGAGCUCGACAAGUGCGACAAGGAGUCGCUCGGAGCCAUCGCCGUGACGGCCUCGGCGGCCGUGGCCAAGCGGCGCAGCUGCAUCCCCAGCCUACGGCUGCGCUCGGGCUCGCUCACCCGCGACAGCUCGCUCGGCCGCAGCAAGUACGCCGAGGACAGCGUCAGCGUGCACGGCCUCACGCCCGAGCGCUCGCUGCUGAGCAAGUUCUUCCGGAGCGGCAGCUCUGCCGGCAGGGACUCGUCGACCGAGCGACUCAGCUCCGAGCCGCACAAGCAGCAGCCCAAGCAGCGCCGGAUCUCGCGGUUCCUGCGCCCGGACUUCUUCGACACGCCGCGCGAGGAGAGCCAGUACGUCAAGGACAAGGAGGCGCAGAAGGCCGCGGAGAACGAGCGACGCAAGUCGCGCUUCAUGCGCCGCAAGACCGAGCCGGUCGACCGGCUGCUGCUCAGCCCCACGCCCGACAAGCCGCCCGACGGGGAGCGCCUCGACAAGGAGCUCAAGAACGAGGUCAACUCGCUGACCAAGGGCAGGUCCGCCGAGCCGCCAGCCGGCGACGAGUCCAAGCCGAGCAUCCGCAACAGCUUCCUGCAGAGCCUGGAGAGGAAGCUCGAGAAGUUCCGCUCGACGGACGACGCGUCCAAGUCCCAGCAGCAGGCCUGUAAGCCACCGGUACCCGCGACUCCCGCGGACGACAACAAAGCGCUGCAGUCCGCGAGGGAGAGCUCGGUCCCACCCUCGGCGGCAGCAGUGACCGAUCCGCAGCCGCAGGAGCCUAAGCGGGCGACCAGCGCAGAGGACCUAUCGACGACUAGCAGCAACAGCCUCUCGAUCCAGAGUCCCCCGGCCAAGAGCAAGGUUAACUCGGUGCUGGGGCUCUUCAAAAACAGCGGCAGCAGCGAGCCCAAGAGCGCCGAGGCGAACGGCGCGCCGCGCAGCCAGGGCCAGACGAUCCUGAGCAGGCUCAGAAAGAACGCGUACAAGGGAUCGAGGUCGGACAGCGUGCUGUCCUCCAGCGACGCCGCGACCAGCAAGAUUCCCACCAAGUUCGGCAAGAGCGAGCCGAGGCCGAGCAAGAAGGUGCAGGCCGAGCCGAAGAAGCCGUCACCCGAGAAGAGCACUACGCUCGGCUUCAAGAGAUCGCCCUCCAAAGACAAGGAUAAGGAGACCACUCCGCCCAAGAGAGUCAGCCCCGAGUCAAAGAAGCCGGCCAUGGAGAGACUGUCCAAGACGUUGAAGAAAAGCCCCGAAAAGCUGCUCAAAGGAAAGACGGACAAGACUGAGAAGCCAGCCGAUCUCAAGAAAGAUGCCUCCACGGGCAAGCUCUCGGAGAAGAAAAAGUCGCCGGAGAAGUCGUUUCUGAAGGCCAAGUCGCCCGAGAAGUCCUUUAUGAAAGCGAAAUCGCCGGAUAAGUCGUUCAUGAAGGCGAAGUCACCGGAGAAGCUCGUCAUCGACAACAAGCAGAUCGAGGACAUGAACGGGCAAGUCGAGGAGAUGGGGGUGGCGAAGCUGAAGAAGAAGCUCGCGACCUCGCCUGAUAACGGUUCCAGUCUCAAAUCGGACAAGUCCGACGGCGUGAAGAAAGUGAAGAAAGUGGUGAAGGCCAAGGAGCCCAGCGAUAAGGACAAGGACAAGGACGGAGAGGAGAACACGAAGAAGAAGAGAAUAGUGCGCGUCGUGCGGAAAGUCGUGAAAAAGUCGUCCGAUAGUUCUGACAGCAAGUCGGAAGACAAAGAAAAACCUACCAAGACCGACGUCAUCAAGAAGAGCGUUGUCGCGAAGAAGGACAAGAGUCCCGAAACACCCGCGGCGACAACCACGAUUCCGAGAAAGAGUCCGGAAGAUCUAACGCCUGUACAAAGUGAGCAGGUGAUGGAAACGGCGAAAACAGCUGACACAGGCGAGAAGAGCGUAAACGAAAAUGCAGAAAUGAUGGAAAAGGACAAAGAUUUCAACGAGAUCGAUAAAGCACAGGUUUGUCAAAUAGAUAACGGUGUCGCGUUGACAAAGCCACCGGAAAUUAAGCCAUGCAGAGAGAAAUUGAAGUUGGACUUCUCGAAAAUCCCGCAGCACAAUUUUAGAAACGUUACGCCACCAAGAAGAGAGUCUCCGAAGAGUGAAAAUGCAAAAAGUGAAAUAGGCGAUGCUUCCAAAUUAGUGCAGAGAAGUCAGUCCGACGACGUAUCGGAAAAGUUAUCCGAGGCCUUACCGAAACUGACUCACCGAGCUAUCUUUAUGGGAAACAGAAUUGUCGUGGAUAAACCGCUUAUGGCCAAAGACAUUGCAGAUUUAAAAACGGAAGCCAAUGUCGACGGUGCGGAAAUUUCCGAAAGCGCUUCGAUAUCGAACGAGAUCGGCAAAGAAAAUUGCAACGUCGAUUCGAAUUCAUUGAACAGCCCUCAAGAAAUAGAAAAGAACAAUACAGAAGAAACGAAGGAAAUGAAAAUGUCAAACUCUUCGUCGAAGGAUCCCAUUAGCACGGAGGAUCUAAUGUCGCCAACCGAGGAUACCGAGAGCUUCGAUUCGUGGUCGAUCUGCUCAGCUGACAUCAAUCAUACGAGAGGGGACUUGCACUCGCCGACCUCUCCCACGUAUAGCAUGUACAUGCGCGGGAACAAUCCAAAUGCGGAGUCGGUCAUAGAUAGAAUUAGAAGAAAAAGUUUUUACUCCAGGUUCAACGACAGAAAGCGAAAGGCUUCACUGAACGCUCCACCGCCGGGUGUCAACGUGUCCUCCAGUAUGACACUCCCGAGAAAGUUCAGUUUCAAUAAUCCACGGGACAGCAACAAGGAACAACCGAGCAAAGCCAAGACUAACAACUAUACUUUGCCGAACAGGAAGAACGCGGAGAAAUGCUACAGUAUGUACAACGAAGAAGUUCCUACAUUCAGAAAAUCGCCAAUUGAGCGAGACAGAUACUCGGAUGGCGGCAGUGCAUCUUCGUACAACAACGACCUGAAAUCACCUGGUGAAACAUAUGGACAUAUUUCCUCCUCCUACGACCCUCUGAGAAAAAACUCAUCCCUCACUGACAGUAUCCUGGAACCCAGUACAAGCAGGAAUAUAAGUUCUCUGCCUCGAAGGUACGGCUCCAGUUUAUCUGGAUUCGAGCCCAAGACAGUUGCAUAUUACGAGGAGCUGCUAGCACCGAAUCAUACCGAUUACUUGGGAGGUCGCAGAGCGUCUCCACUUCCGCAUGAGAACUACAGCAAAUAUGAAAACGGUUACCACAACGGAAGCAUAGACCUGCCACAAUUCAGCGCUGAUAAGUGGAAGAGUCAUGCUGAAAAAUCGACCAAAACAGAUCCUUCUGACGGAAUGCAAAUCGAGGAUCGUGCAAGAAAAGUGAGCCUGUGCUUUAGUGAACCAGACAAUAUGUCAUCGAGUUCCUUGGAUCAGCGAGCGACUACUUCCACUGCCGAGUGAUAUGCGUUUCAAGAUUCUAUAAGAUACUCAAAAAACUGAGGAAUUCCAAAUAAAGUGUACAACAUUUUUAAGAAUUAUCGAACCGCAGUUUUGACCGACUAGUCCUGCAGAACUCAAUAUUCGUAACCAAGCCAACAACUAAUCUACGAUAUUUGUUAAGUGCUGUGUAUUUACAAACAGAACAAUUGUAUUUUAAACUCAAGUCAAUAGAUGCCAAAGAGCUAUAAAAAUUAAGCAAUGUGCAGUCAGUAGGAAACUUAAGAAAUAAUGAGUAUAUUAAAUAUAGGAAUUUUGUAAUCAAAAAACGGACGAAAUGAAGCAUAACAAUGACAGAAAUGUUGAUUAAUACAAUUUCUAAUAGCAGUGCGGACAAUGAGAUGGAAGAUUUUGUAAAAAUAAAAAAUGCAAAGAACUGUAUGAAUGUACGUUGUUGCCAGAAACUUGAGUGUCAUUAGAAUCAUUUAAUUAUCAAUUGAACUAUAUUCUUGUAAGAGUCAAUUUAUACCUUUGGUUUAUUUUGUCUCACGCAUAGUAGAUUUGCCUGAUGAUUUAUUGUUCUUAUUCUUGGCUAAAAGUCAUUUUGAGUGUUUCAUUUUUAUAUCACACCAAAGGCCUAUGCGAUGUCAUUUUAUUCCUAUUUAGUUUUUAAAGUGUGCUUCUGGCAAGUAGAAGAGUUUUUUUAAUAUAGAGAUAUCUAAAUCUCUACUGCAAUUAUUAUUAUACAAUAUAGAACACUUAAAUUUAAAUAAUUCUGAUGGCUCCAUAAAUUAUAGAAAUAUAAUAUAUGUGGUAGCCAGAUUUUAUUAUUAAAUGAAAGAUUAUUUGGGCUAGGUUUUGAGAAUUGCUUAAUACAAGUUCAGAUUAUCUCUUUCUUACAUAAAAAGGAAUAAGAACCUUUAGUUCCUUGUACGGAUGAUGCCUUGUAGUCAUGUAAAUGCUUUUGUGAAAAAAAAAGAAAUAGAAGUGAAGGUUUGUUUAUCAA